AUGGACCACUACGGAAUACUAGUAGGAGCACUAGUGCUUGGGAGAUCUGCACUGUCCUGCUCGAGUGAUGAUCGGAGGUGUCAGCGUCAGCGUCAGCGACAGGAGCGGAGAAAGAAGAAGAACCUUGAUGGUGACAUGAAACGAGCUUCAAAGGGUAGUGUCGGCCAGAACCUUCCUCGUGAGGGUGACAGUACCUAG